GACUAAUAUGCUUUUGUUGGUCGUUCUCAAAUGCACCGCGCGUUUCGCUGUUUUGAUAUCGGGUUUAUUGUUAGUCUGUAGUUCGCUUUCGACCGCGACGGAGCGCCGCAUCGCCCGCCAAUUAUCUCGACGAUAUAGUGUUAUCAGUGAUAAUUUAGUGUGAUAAGAGAUAAGUCGCGAAGUGGUCGUACCUGUGUAUUAUGUAAAGUGGAUUUUCUGCAAUGGCGGCCACGGCUGGUCCCCGAAAGACCAUCUCGGUGCACGACUACCCCGAGCACCUCAAUCCCUUUCGAGAUGAGGACAACCAUAAUAAGAUAAGGUUCUGGACGAUCGGUCGGAAGCUCAACCGGUCCAACAGCAUAAAUUUCAGCGGCAUCAAAGACUUGAGAAACUCCUGGUCACUACGGUCGUUUAUGCGAAAGGGGAAGAAAGGGGAACCCCCAUCCAAAGAGAAUGACUACCCAAAGAAAUCGCCAACACUUGCCAACGGAGACAACAGUCCCAUCGUGUACAGGCGAGCACUACAGUACUCUUCGGGCUCCCGCAACACGGUCGGUUCGCCAGAGCAGGGUGAUCGCUAUGUGUACGGUGGGUCCAUCACGCCGCUGCCGCGCUCGAGGUUCCAGGAGCGACUGAGAAGCUCACAUCAGGAGGUCAACUCUGGCAGUAACACACCUCGUAUGGCUCGGAGCGAAAUCACAGGAUCGAGAUUGAGUAUUGAGAGUACGAAUCCUUUUGAUGAGCCACCCAUUCCCCCGGUACGGGCUUCGAGGCGCAAGAAGAAACGCGCGCCCCCUCCCCCGCCUGUCGUCGAUGAAACGAUCAACGACACAAUUGAAGAAUUACGCGUAACUGAAGCUGAAGAUAAAAAGGCUCCUGACACUGUUGAAGACGAUAAUAUAGAAGACGUAAACCUCAACAUCGAACUAAAAAUUGUAGAAGAUAAAGACGAAGCUCCCAGCAACGAAAAGAUCGAAGAAACAACAACAGCAAAAGUUCCAGAUAAAGUUCCAGUUGAUACACCAAUCCACAACGAAGAAACAGUUGAAUUAAGAAUAAAAGCAAACGAAGAACAGGAUGAUAACGGAAACGACUUAAGGAAUGCAGACUCAGAAGACAAUCUAAUAGACAAGUCCGCAUUUCCGAAAAUUAACAUAGAGAAGUAUAGGAGAAACUCGAGCGUAAACGAGGAUGAUAUAAAACUAAGGCGAGGGAACUUAGAAGACUUCCACUCCUUAUCGAGCAAACGAAGCCAAAGCCUUAUAAACACUUCGGACGAAAGAUACGUCGCAUUCGACAUAAACUUGAACGAGAGCAAAAAUUUCGAUAUCAACAGCAACGAGGAACCACAGAGAGUAGUCUGCAAGGUCUACGAGGAGACGCGGAAGAAGAGUCUAGAUAACUCCAUUUCUAGCACCGAAAAGGAGUUUCUAGAAAUCGAUAGAGCGACUAGAGAACUGGAGAAGGAGAUAAGUAAACUUAACACUGCGCUGCACGAAGACGAUUUGGAAGAGCAUCGGCUCUCAGUGUCAGAGAUACGAAGAAAAUUCGAUAUCAGAGACACAUCACCAAAUCCCAUACCAAAGCCUAGACGUAGUCACUAUGGAGAAUCACAACUCAACGGAAAUGUUUAAAAAAAUUUAAAUU